AAGGAAGCUGUAAGUCCGCAAACAUUUUGAGACGUAAUGUGAGUUUGAAGCAGGCGUUUCCGUUGCCUGCGGCUCCUUGGAGCACGUCUGCUUUGUGUUUAAAGACACGUGUCUACCCUUCACACUCGGCACGUUUAUCACCGCAAUCUCGCUCCCCGCCGUCCUCCUUAGUGCUGCGAGAACCUCCUUCGAAACGCAGUGGGAGAAGUGAAACGGACUCUCGUAUUUCGGUGUCAAGCGGCAGCCAGAGAAAGGCGGGAUUUUUGCCUCCAGACCUCACCACCUUGAGACAAUAAUAACUUCAAAAAGUGGGGAGAUGCAGACAAGAGCGCGCGCACAUGGUCAAGUUUUUCAAACUUGCUAAGGGGAAGCCUGGCGCGCCUGCAAGAAGAAGCGAGAAAGAGAGAAGCAAGCUGAGUGAGGCGGUGGAGAAGCGCGCGAGGCCAAGAUGGCGGCGGCUAGUGAGCGGUGGCGUCGAGGGCGACGGCAACGUGAGUUUCUAGAUGCAUAAAUCUCAUUGAGGGAGUUUGAAUAAGUAUGGAGGAGAGAAAUCUGAGAGGAAACUAGCAGAUUUGCUAAUAGGUCAGAAUGCAAAGACUGGAAAACUGUUUGAGUGAUGCAUUUCUGUAAUACAUUGUCAGCAUUGCAGUAUCAACAAUGGAUAAAUGUAAACAUGUAGGACGGCUGCGGCUUGCCCAGGAUCAUUCCAUUGUAAAUCCUCAAAAAUGGCAUUGCAUGGUAUGCAAUACUACAGAAUCUGUAUGGACCUGCCUCAGCUGCUCACAUGUUGCUUGUGGAAGAUACAUUGAAGAACAUGCACUAAAGCACUUUCAGGAAAGCAAUCAUCCAGUGGCACUGGAAGUGAAUGAGCUAUAUGUUUUCUGCUACCUUUGUGAUGACUAUGUUCUUAAUGAUAAUGCAACUGGUGAUUUAAAACUCUUGCGAAGUACACUAAGUGCGAUCAAGAGUCAAAACUAUGAGUGUACUACUCGUAGUGGCAGGACUUUGCGAUCAAUGGGGACAAGUGAUGAUAUUUCACAUAACAAUGCUCAAGCCUUGCUUCGUAAUCAAGAUCGUAUGUUCACAGCCCUGUGGCAUAGGAGGCAUGCACUCAUGGGCAAAGUGUUUAGAUCUUGGUUUGGACUGACACCAAGUGGGAAGAGGGCUUUUGAAGAGGAGAAGCUAAGGGAAGAGGCAGAAGAAAAAAAGAUCAGUGCUAGGAAAAGAAGAGAAGAGCGAAAACGCCAGUUGAAGGAAGAAAUGGAAAAAAUGCCUCCAAGGAAGAGCUUUCGCUUGCAAAAUCAAAAUAAAGAAUCCUCAAAAAUAUCACUCUAUGCACUAAAAAUGCCACAAAAUUUGGACUCUGCUGUAGAGCUGAAAGUAACAGCUACCUCAGAUGAAGUAAACUUAAAAAAAAUUAAUGACUCUCCAGUUAAACGAAGACCUACUGUGACUCCUGGUGUGACAGGAUUGCGAAACCUGGGAAAUACAUGCUAUAUGAACUCUAUUCUUCAGGUAUUGAGUCAUUUGUUCAUAUUUCGGGAAUGUUUUUUAAAACUUGAUUUAAACCAAACUCAAGAGUUGCUAGCAGCUGCAGCCAGUGGCAAAACAAGAUCGUCCUCUAACCAUCCUCCACCUGCUGGCUCUAUUUUUCAUGUGAACAAAAGCCAAGUAAAGGGAAAGGCCUCUUUCACAAGGCGAUGUAGUGUGUCAUCAGGUUUAAGUGGCGGAGCAUCAAAUAGUAGAAAUAUGGAACUUGUUCAGCCUAAGGAGCCAAGCUCAAAAUACAUUUCUCUUUGUCAUGAAUUACAUACUUUGUUUCAAGUCAUGUGGUCUGGCAAGUGGGCUUUGGUGUCUCCUUUUGCCAUGCUCCAUUCUGUUUGGAGACUAAUCCCAGCAUUUCGUGGUUAUGCCCAGCAAGAUGCUCAGGAAUUUCUUUGUGAACUUUUAGAUAAAGUACAACAAGAAUUGGAGACAGCUCGGACAAAGUGCCCAGCUCUCAUUCCCACUUCUCAAAGAAAACUCAUUAAACAGGUUUUGAACGUGGUCAAUACCGUUUUUCAUGGACAGCUUUUAAGUCAGGUUACAUGUCUUGCAUGUGACAACAAGUCAAAUACUAUAGAACCAUUCUGGGAUCUGUCACUGGAAUUUCCUGAAAGAUACCACUGCAAUGGGAAGGAGACAACCUGUCAAUAUCCAUGCUUGUUGACAGAAAUGUUGGCCAAGUUUACAGAGACUGAAGCCUUGGAAGGAAAGAUAUAUGCCUGUGAUCAGUGCAACACAAAACGAAGGAAGUUUUCCUCCAAGCCAGUUAUACUCACAGAAGCACAGAAGCAGCUAAUGGUCUGUAGACUACCUCAGGUUCUGCGGCUACACCUUAAGCGGUUCAGAUGGUCAGGACGUAAUCAUCGUGAGAAGAUUGGUGUACAUGUUGGCUUUGAUCAGAUGCUAAACAUGGAGCCCUAUUGCUGCAGAGAAUCUCUAAAGUCCCUUGAACCAGAUUGCUUUAUCUAUGACUUGUCUGCUGUUGUGAUGCAUCAUGGGAAAGGAUUUGGCUCUGGACACUACACUGCCUACUGCUAUAAUUCAGAAGGAGGAUUCUGGGUACAUUGCAAUGAUUCCAAGCUCAGCAUAUGCACUAUGGGAGAAGUAUGCAAAGCCCAGGCCUACAUCUUGUUUUAUACGCAACGAGUUACUCAGGCAAAUGGACAUUAUAGAAUAUCAGGUCCUGGAUCACCUUCUGGAAAACAGCCAAAUACUGAGGUUUAAUUGUUCCUGUGGCGACCAGUAACAGCUAAUCCAAAGCCAACUUACUGUAUACAGUAUGAGUAGAGUUAUCACUUGUAUAUGUAUUUCAGAUGUGCAAGUACAAUGUUGUACUAAACUUUUUCUCUUAUGAAACAAUGUAUGUGUUCAUGCAAAAGGGUACAGUAUUAACUCAAAGAAGCAUUCAGUUUGGGGAAAAGUUUAGUAUAAAUUCUUUUUAUUGAUGAUAGGUAACUUCCAAAAUAACUAGGUUUUUAUAUAGCUAUUUUUAAAAGAAAACUGCCAUUUGAAUUUUUAAAUCUUACCUCAUGCUGUAUUUCAGUGUUCUUAUAUUUUAAUAUUUUGUUGUAAAAACAUAAGAUGAGGAAUUUCAGUGGGCAACUUUUUGUAAUUUUGGAUUUUUAUAAAAAAAAAUUGCACACAUUUUA